UCUAAAAAUUCUACCAAGCUGGUGCAUCUAUUGUUUUGCUCCGUCGACGUCAUCAUUUAGCGCCUGUUCAGCGGGACCGUCGCGGCAUUUGAAACAUCUCCAUCUGUAGCGACUUAAAAGGUUAAUUUGCCCCGGAUUUCCCGUCGUUGGAGCGAACUGAAGUGAUCGAUAUGAUCGAGAAGGAGGACCCGGUCAUUAGCGAGGAGGAAGCGGCACAGUACGACCGCCAGAUCCGACUGUGGGGGCUGGAUGCCCAGAAGAGGUUGAGAGGGUCCCGAGUGCUCCUGGCAGGUUUAGGUGGUCUCGGAGCUGAAGUGGCCAAGAACUUAAUCCUCGCUGGAGUUAAAGGACUCACCUUGCUGGACCAUGAACAGGUUUCGGAGGAAUCAUGCCGAGCUCAGUUCUUGGUUCCGGUCACGGCUCAGGGUCAGAAUCGGGCCCGGGCCUCUCUGGAGCGAGCACAGAACCUCAACCCGAUGGUGGAGGUGCACGGCGACCCGGACAGAAUCGAAGACAAACCAGACGACUUCUUUCUGCAGUUCGAUGCGGUGUGUCUGACAGGCUGCUCCAGAGACCUGAUGGUACGGGUGGACCAGCUCUGCUCCAAGCACAACAUCAAGGUCUUCUGUGGAGAGGUCUACGGUUAUUACGGUUACAUGUUCUGCAACCUGGGACAGGAGCACAACUAUGUCGAGGAGAAACCCAAAGUAGUAAAACCCAGCGGUGAAUCCAACGACGGUCCGGAGGCAAAGAAAGCCAAAGUCGAUCCCAACGAGACCACCAUGGUGAAAAAAACGGCCAGUUUCUGCACUCUGAAGGAGGCUCUGGAGGUCGACUGGACCAGCGAGAAGGCCAAAGCGGGUCUGAAGCGAACACCAGUGGACUACUUCCUGCUUCAAGUUCUGCUGAAGUUUCGCACCGACAAAGGUCGCGACCCCGACCCGCAGUCCUUUCCAGAAGACAGUCAGCUCUUGAGACAAAUCCGCGAUGACGUGCUCGAGUCCCUGUCGCUGAGCAGCGAGCUCCUGACUGACGACUUCAUCAGCUACUGCUUCUCUGAGAUGUCUCCAGUGUGCGCGGUGGUGGGAGGAGUUUUGGGACAGGAAGUUGUUAAGGCUCUGUCUCAGAGAGACGCUCCGCACCGCAACUUCUUCUUCUUCGAUGGUCGUAAAGGCAACGGCGUGGUGGACUACUUUGGGCCGAACUGAGCGUGUCAGGCUGCACCGGCUCACGGGGAAACGUCUGCUCGUCCUGUCUCAUUAUUUAUGUCCACAUUAAAUUUUUUAAGUUGGAUCCAUUUUCACCCCCCAAGAACAGCAGGAUUUAUUUCAUUUUUUUACAUUUGUUAAUAAAACAUUGUGUAGUAAAACGA